GGAUCCUUGCGUCACCGCGUUGGUCAUGACGUUAUUAGAGAGCGGCGCCGUUGCACACUGUAAUGGGAGCUGGCGAUUUUUCCCAUAUUUUGAUAGUUUAAUCCGUGAAUGGCGCCGAAACAGGACCCGAAACCUAAAUUUCAAGAAGGUGAAAGAGUGCUGUGUUUUCAUGGGCCAUUGCUCUACGAAGCUAAGUGUGUUAAGAUAAACAUAAAGGACAAACAAAUCAAAUACUUUAUUCAUUACAGCGGCUGGAAUAAGAAUUGGGACGAAUGGGUUCCUGAAAGCAGAGUGCUUAAGUAUGUGGACAGUAAUCUGCAGAAACAGAAAGAGCUUCAGAGGGCCAAUCAAGACCAUUAUGUAGAAGGAAGAAUGAGGGGAGCUGCACCGAAUAAGAAGUUACCUGCUGCAUCGCAGAAGAACGAUGUGAAAACCAAAAAGAACAAACAGAAGACUCCUGGAGCAGGAGAAGGAACUAGUUCAGGGGGAGACCCAACUCACCCGCCACGUAAAAAGAGAGCACGUGUUGACCCAACUGUGGAAAGUGAGGAAACCUUCAUAAAUCGAGUGGAGGUUAAAGUGAAAAUCCCUGAGGAGCUGAAACCAUGGCUUGUUGAUGACUGGGACCUGAUUACACGGCAAAAACAGCUUUUCCACCUACCUGCCAAAAAGAAUGUUGAUGCAGUCCUUGAAGAUUAUGCAAACUACAAGAAAUCAAGAGGAAACUCUGACAGCAAGGAGUUUGCUGUAAACGAGGUGGUUGCUGGUAUCCGGGAAUAUUUCAAUGUUAUGCUGGGGACACAACUUCUCUACAAAUUUGAGAGGCCUCAGUACGCAGACAUCCUGGCCAACCAUCCGGAUACAUCUAUGUCUCAAAUCUACGGCGCCCCUCACCUACUCAGACUCUUUGUGAGAAUCGGAGCCAUGCUGGCAUACACUCCUCUGGAUGAGAAGAGCCUUGCACUGCUGCUCAGUUAUCUACAAGACUUCCUCAAGUACCUUGUAAAGAACUCUGCAUCGCUCUUCAAUGCCAGCGACUAUGAAGUUGCCCCUCCAGAGUACCACCGCAAGGCAGUUUAAGGUUUCCCAUUCUAGGAUCUGAAGCCCUUGUGUGUUGAGGUUUGGAGAUGACUUUCUUUGAGAGGAUGUGAUUUCACAGAAACGCCUUUGGAAAAUGGAUUGUGCGAGAUCUGUUGAUUUAUUAAGGAAGAAUCCAAGCAAGAUGUCACACUAAUCCCUGGACAAAUUCGUUUUCUUUCAUGUGGAAAGCUGCUGAGUACGCUCUUCCUGUAUUGGUAUGUUUUUGAGUACCACUUUUUAGUUUCUAUAUUUUUUUUGUUUGAUGUUUACCAACAUCAUCUGAAAAAAAAGGAUUUAAUCAUGGUUAUUUUUUUGUUUCCUGUUCUGAUUCAGAUGCUGGCUAAAUUUGUCUUGUAGGCUGUCAUCAUUUUCUAAUAAAAGUCUUUCAUUCUUUA